AUGGAUGCCAACAAAUUUCAUGUUGCAAUGUAUCCAUGGUUUGCAUUAGGCCAUCUUACCUCAUAUCUUCAUAUAUCCAACAAACUUGCUGAGAGGGGCCACAAGAUUUCAUUCCUUAUGCCUAGAAAUACUAUAUCUAAAUUGGAGCAUUUCAAUCUCCACCCAGAUCGGGUCUCCUUCAUUCCAAUCACCAUACCGAACGUGGAUGGUCUUCCUCAUGGAUCUGAAACAACUGCAGACAUUCCUUUCUCAUUGCAUUCCCUUCUCAUGACUGCAAUGGACCUUACUGAGCCUAUCAUUGAAGAUUCUCUAAGAGAGCUUAAACCACAUAUGGUUUUCUAUGAUUUCACAUAUUGGUUACCUGCAUUAGCGGUCCGGUCUGGCAUUAAGGCUUUACAUUACUGCACAAUCAGCCCUGCCACUGUGGGGUAUCUGAUAAGCCCCGAAAGAAAACUUCAUGAGAAGCCAUUAACAGAAGAUGAUUUGCUUGACCCUCCACCAGAUUUUCCACCGUCAUCUAUCAAGCUGCAACUUCAUGAAGCAAGAGGGUUAGCCACGUCCACUUUAAAGGAUUAUGGCAAAGAUAUUUCAUUUAUGGAGCGACAGUUGAUCUCUCUCACCAGCUGUGACGCUAUAAUUUUCAAAACUAGCAGAGAAAUGGAAGGCCCUUAUUGUGAUUAUCUUGAAAAGCAAAUGAGAAAGCAGGUGUUUUUGGCAGGGCCAGUUUUGCCGGAUCCACCAACCUCUAGUUUAGAAGAAAAAUGGGUGACUUGGCUAGGAAGUUUCAGACCCAAAACAGUGAUUUUUUGUGCCUUUGGAAGUGAAUGCAUUUUGAAGAGUCAUCAAUUUAAGGAACUGUUAUUGGGUUUUGAACUUACAGGAAUGCCUUUUCUAGCUGCCUUAAAACCACCAAUAGGAGCUGAAACAAUGGAAUUAGCUCUACCUGAAGGAUUUGGUGAGAGAAUAAAGGGAAGAGGGGUAGUUGAAGGAGAUUGGGUUCAACAACAAUUGAUCCUGAGCCACCCAUCUGUGGGUUGCUUUGUGACUCAUUGUGGAUCCGGAUCAUUAACAGAGGCCAUGGUAAAUGAUUGUCAAUUAGUACUACUGCCCCACGCAGGAGAUCAAUUCAUCAAUGCAAGAAUAAUGAGCGGAGAUUUAAAAGUAGGAAUAGAGGUAGAAAAAACUGAAGAUGGACUUUUUACCAGGGAAGCUGUGUGCAAGGCAGUGAGAACCGUAAUAGACAGUGAGAGUAAAUUGGGUCAUAUAGUGAGAAAGAAUCAUGCUCAAUGGAGGGAGUUCUUGCUCAGUCAGGGGCUGGAAAACUCCUACAUAGAUGAUUUAGUUCAGAAAUUGCACAAUCUGCUCAAGUCUUGA